AUGCUCCGUCUUCAGCACCGGCCGAAAGACCUAAAGUCACCGAAGACUCCGGAGUCGCUGUCCUCUCCCGCUCCACCCAGUCUUCGCGAGGGCGCGGCGUCGGAGAUAACAGACGAGGGCGAGCCGUGGGGAACCAGCCUACCAGGUCUUCGCCGGCGAGUCGCCAUCGCCGGAGCAGGAGUCGGAGCGCAGAACGUCAACAGCGCACCAAUCCUUCGUCUAGGCGUGGGCGCAGCCGGAGCGGAGACCGUCGUGGGAGAAACACGCCUCCGUCUAGGCGUAGCCGCAGCCGGAGCCAGAACCAGAGCGGGGGCAAUAGCAGGGGGACGGAGGUCAGGCCACGGUAACAGGCAAGUGAUGUAUGAUCGAGGUGAUUUUCGUAGCUCUGGGUUGUUUGGGGAGAACAAGGAUGCUUCAGAAGACGGUUCUCUCUAUUCUUCACGGCUUGUUCUACGCCCUCCCGCUGAUGUAGGCCAACCGACCAGGUCUUCUUUGUCUUUCAAACUUGCCAACAUGCAACUUCGUGAACGUUCAGCCGCUGUGAAAAGCCAUGCCCCUGCCCAUGCCGUUAUGGAUCAUCCCACAUCUUCCUUGCCUUUGGACGAACCUGUUGAGUCACCACGCCAUGCUGCAUCACACGCCUCGACUUCGGCCUCCCGUACUGAAAUGCUGUUGGAACAAGUACUCACUCUCCUGCGAGCAAAUCAAGUAGUGGAUGCUGCUGCCGACGCGAAUGUACAACCUCCUGUGCCCCCCCACGCUCCUAGCGUGCCACCACCUGCCCCAUCUUCUUCCCCACCAACGCGUCCGACACCGAUGCAAGACCACGCUUCGAGCUUUUCGGGAGCUCCUGUGGGACGCGAUGUUCGUGCCGAAACCGCUGCCAGGACCACGCCAGCAUCAUCGUCAUCAGCCACGAGGUCGGCGACAGUACCGGUCGAGCCUGCGGUGGCACAGUCAGCGUCGACAGCCCCAGCCCUGUUGCAACAGCCUUUGGUGGUAUCGCCCCCCCCCCUCCAGCGUGCGUCUGUUCUGAUUGAUCCUGACUCUGCAACCGGCCACAUCGUCGAGCCACCGAGUCAAGCGGCAUCACCGGUGCCACAGGACGAUGCUGGUUUGCCUUUGUCUUCCACGGGAGCGAGAGCGAGGCAAAUUGCUCUGCACGCUGCGGACGCCGCUGCAGCGGAGGCCGACACCAUCCGCAUUCAAGACAAGAUGGACAAGCUGAAGCCGGAACAACUUGAUAGUGUCACACGCUUGCCCCUCGGUCCUGAUCCUGAUGAAUUUGCUCGUUCCGCGUCUAGCUGCAAGGGGGUGAUCACAGAGAUCCUCAACAAAAGCGACGUCAAGCGCAAGCAGACUUUCAAUUCCUCCACCUGGGUCACCGGAUGGCUUCCGUUGUUGCGCAAACGUGUCCGUGCUGCUGUCGUUGAAGGCCAAACCACCAACCGUGCCACUCUGGAAUUUCUUGAUGCCACCUUCCUACAGGUAGAAAACCAUCUGCGCAAGGAACCGGCAGGGCCCUCGACGUACGCCUUCUUCAUCCAGAAAUUGGCGGCCGCCUGGGACACUCAAGACAAGAGCUCGGGGAUUGAUCGUCUUCGCAGUUUUGGCGUAUCCAACGACGAGACUUACGGAGAAUACAUUCGUCGCUAUGAGGCUCUGGCCAUGACUGUCAUGGUUUCCCACCACGCCUUCAAGCCUUCGGAUGCGCAAGUGCAGAUAGCUGUUCGAGACUCCAUGUUGAAGCAGUUUCCGGUAGUGUCUGGGCAGGUGUACAAGGAUGAGCAGCUCUCCAUGGAAGCCCCUUUUGGGCGACAUGCUUCGUGUCUGGAUGAUAUGUGGGAUGUGUUGGACAAGCGUGCGUUCGCGCACACGCCGGCGGUGCAUGGAGAUGAUUUUUUUUCGGUAUCUUCCACGAAUACUAGGAGUUCGUGUGCUGUUUCGCGUGCUGUAGCUUCUUCGGCGUUGCGUUCGACGGUGACCCCUUCGUGAAGCCAAGGUUCUUCGGCCGCCGUGAUGAGUGUUGACCCUCUACCUAAUGAU